CCUUCUCGCGAGGCUUCGAACGCGAUCCUCCCCGGAACGCGCCGAGUUGCGGGGAGUCGGUUAGGUUGGAACGUCAUCAAACUGCACCCUACCCGGAAGAGACGUGGCAGCGGCGCACUCAGCCCCAGUAGAGCCUUGAAGCACCAUGGGGCUGUGCAAAUGCCCCAAAAGGAAAGUCACCAACCUCUUCUGUUUUGAGCACCGAGUGAAUGUCUGUGAGAGCUGCCUCGUCGCAAACCAUUCCAAGUGCAUUGUUCAGUCCUAUCUCCAGUGGCUUCAGGAUAGUGAUUACAACCCCAAUUGUCGUCUUUGCAACACCCUCCUGUCCGCUAAAGAAACUGCCCGGCUUGUGUGUUAUGAUCUGUUUCAUUGGUCAUGUCUCAACGAGAUGGCAAACCAGCUCCCAAAGAACACAGCCCCAGCUGGCUACCAGUGUCCCAGCUGCCAGGGUCCUAUCUUCCCUCCAGCCAACCUGGUCAGUCCAGUGGCAUCAGUACUGCGAGAGAAACUUUCGACUGUGAACUGGGCUCGGGCUGGGCUUGGGCUGCCACUGAUUGAUGAGGCUGAUAACAUCAAAGAAACAGAGUCACCUGAUACCACAGAUUACACUGACUGGUCUAGCUUCUCUGCAACUGCAGGCUCUGGCUCAGAGGAGACCAUGCAGCAAAGUGCCCUCUCAACCUAUUCCUAUAGUGCCUCACCGGGCCUCUCCUCCCCACCGCAGCAGCAGGGUGUGAACAAUGGGGGCGUGAAGGAGGAGCACUCAGUCAUCGACAUGGGGAAUGCCAGCAAUGAGACCAUCACCAUUAAUGCAGCAGCCUCUACACCGCGGAAGGUCUAUGACACUCGAGAAGGUGGAGGUGGCAGGGCACCAGGUACCCAGAUCGAUUGCGAUGAGGACAAGUACCGCCGGCGGCCAGCGCUCAGUUGGUUUGCACAGCUUCUGAAGAGUCGCUCUGGAUCCAAGAAGCGGCAGCCACGAUCCCUGAUGCAACGGUUUGUCAUCAUCCUCCUGAUCGGCGGCAUUGGCUUUCUUACCCUGAUCAUCAUCAUGUCGAAGCUGGGCCGGGCCUCGGCUGACAACGACCCCAACCUGGACCCCAUGUUUAACCCUCACAUCCGGGUGGGCCAGGAAUGAACUGAGCUGGUGAUGCCUCCCUGGGCUCCGAGAUUGGCCUGCCAAGGCAGGGAUGCUGGGGACUGGCAGCUGCAAGUGGGGUGCUGGGGGGAGUACAAGGGGUAGCCCCCAGCCAGGACACUGCUGGGUCAGCUCAGCUGAGAGUCAAAACAUGAAACUGAUGGGGGUGGGGGGGUGAAGUGACUUUGGCCUCUUUUAAAAAUGAGACUCAAAUAAAUCUCUAGGUGGGGUGGGGUGGGGCAGAGCAGGACGCCAAGGGAUGGAGAGACUUGUACAGCUAUGGAUUGGGGACCCCACCGUGGGCUGGAAUGAGCCCUGUAGUCGCUUCCUGCUCCAGCUGAGAAUCAGCCCCAGGAGCUGUUCAGGACAAGGGAAGAGGAAAGCUCCAAGCACUAGUAACCGGGGAGGGCUUGUGCUGCUGGUGCGAGUGUGGCUAAGGACUGGGGUAAGUGAGAGGCAGCACAAGAAUGGAAGCCUGGACUCUUGGGUUCCAUUGCCAGCCCACAGUGAAUGGGUGAUCUGUUUGUCAGAGCAGGGAGAUUGGGAGCUAGGAUCCUGAGUUCUGUUCCCAAUGACUGCUGACCCUGCUGUGCAACCUCAAGCGAGUCACUUCCCUGCCCCAAGUCUCAGUUUCCUGCUGGUGGUGAGUGUUCAGGAAAAUGGGGCAUUUCCAUGCCUGUCUGCAGAAAGCUGGGUGCUAGCAACAUUGAAGGGCAAAUACCCUGCACCUUCUUGGAAGUGUGAACUACUUGGUAUUACAGCCCUUCUCCCCUGACAAUGGCAUCUGGCUCCUUCAACCCUCGGCUUGAUGCCCUUCUCCUAGGAGCUGGCUUAUCCCCCAAGUCCCUCAACUGCCCAGAACUUGGACCCUACCAGCCCAAUCUGUCUCAGCGGGUGAGAACGUGAUUGUCUUAAUGCAGGUGUUUGAAAGGGUUCAGGGCCCUUUUGUUCCCCUUUUCCAUUCUCUAAUCCUGGGCAGCCUCUGCUUCCUCAGAGGUGCCUUGUGAAAAACAUCCCAGGUUUGAUGGGUCCAUUCCUGUAGUCAAAGCACUGCAGAGCUCUCUGGUUUUAAGUCCUUCUACUUGUGCUUUCCUCAACCUUAUCCCUGAAAAACCCUUUGCCCCAGGGAGGAAGGUGCAGUUAUGUUCCUGGUCUCAACUAGAUGGGUGACAGAGGAUCUGUUUGAUCCAGCCAGCUGCUAAGACUUUUGGGAGGAAGCCUGUUCCAACAGAAGCCUCCUUUCCUGCUUGGGAAUGGGGCAUCCCACUCUAUAGACCCCACAUAAAACUGCCCUUCUCUUUUGCUGGGAGUGGUACAGAAUUUCCCAUCAUCCCCCCCUCCCCUUGUACACAUCCUUUGGGGGUUCAAAUCAAGUGGGUGCUGGAUCCCAACUAGUUUUGCAAACGGGGGUGAGAACUCUCAUUGAACCAAAUGACAGGAACCAGCCCUUUGUCACAUCCUUAGUCUCCCUCCCCCCUGCCCCCUCAUGGGAGAGGUGUAACAUACUUUCAUCAAUUCUGAUUUUUCACACCAGUAACUACCUGGUCCUUAACUUUACCAGAAUGGGAGGGGUGAAAACUAAGAUCCACCAAUCUAUGUCCUGCAUUAUUUACAGCCAUGAGAUGUUGAAACCCCUUCUGCCAUCAUCUUAGUAAAGGGAACCUUCACUUCCCAUCUCAUAAUACCAGGGGGAAGGGAAGGAGUCUGGGCCUCUUGGGUGUGAUUAUUUUACUAACAAGAGUGGGGUGGGGUUGGUGUCCCCCUGACCCUAUAGGAGUGGGUGGGUGAAAUUCCAAAGCUGGUCACUUCUGGGUCUGUACAGAGCUGACACCAUGAGGGCUGUGGGAUGUCCACCACUGGAAGGGGGGUGUGAGGGGAGAAGUAUUGCCCUGUUCUGGAGUUUAGGGUGGGGAUGGGACAUGCUGGUUAGUACUGGAGUUUAAAGAAGGGAGGUGGAAGAGGAAGAGACUUCCUGGUUUAUGGGCUGUCAGCUCUGAUGGGCAAGGAUUUCAUGCUUUAAACACAGCCUCUUUCCUUCUAUUUAUUGAAAUGGUUGAUAGGAAAUAAUCCUUCCCACAGGGUGUGAAAUACACCAAGUAGUCUCAGUGACCAGAGAGGAAACCUGCCCCCCACACCAAUCCAAUCCAGUCACCUCCAAUCCCACUCCUUUCAUGCUUCCAGAUCUUUGACUGCGCCUUAGUGCAGAUCUGCUGUUUUGCAACCUUUCCAGCUCCCGCCCCUCUUUGACAAUGACUGUCUGGAUCUGCUAGUUCUGGAGUAGAGCAGGUGGUAUAGAAUUUAACCUAGAAGGCAAUAGAGGAAAAAUAUCACCUUCCUCAAAAGCCACCGCCAGUGGAAAGGAGAGCUGUGAACAUGAGUCCUCUAGGAUUCCAUGGCGGGGGGAGGGGGGAAGGUGGGUGGCUAUUGGGAGAGGGAUGUCAGAACCUCUCCCCCUCUGUUGUGCCCCUUAGCAUUACCCUGUGAUCAUUGUUGGGGUAGGAAUUGAGUGAUGGGCCAUUGCUGUGGAAUGGGAGGAGCCCUGUGGCCAAAUGCUACCACUGAGGGUUGGCCAUCUGGGAAGAUUCUGGCUGUCAUGACUUCCUUGCUCCCACCUCCCAGGAAGAUGAUGUGACUAAUGAACGACACUGUCUCUAGCACUACAGCAAUAUCCUGUAUUGUUAUUAAACUUGAUUUUGGCUACA